AGCCAAUCACAACAAGGACGUUGCACAAACCAGAGGUAUCUAUUGGCAAAUACAAGUUAGGCUCCGCCUCUUCCCGGUCUUUCUUUUUCCCAUUGGGCGUCUCGUGGGUGGUGGAGGAAUUCUAGGAGUUGUAGUAUCAGUGGGUGCGAAGCAUUUGCCGCAUGGCGCGAGACCUGUAGCUGUCUGGCAUUGAGAAGCAAAGCAACCCGGAGGUAUGAGUGGGAAACGGCGUGCGGAUCUGGAACCUGUCUCAGAGGGAAAGAAGAAAGGGAAGCGGGAGUUGACAGGGGAGUUCUCGGCCGCUCUCCAUGAGGAGCUGCUGAAAAAUCAGGUGGCUGAGGCCUGGAGCCGGCGGACAAGAUUCAGUCACGAUGCCAUAGUCAUGGACCCAGAUCCUUUCCAUCACUGUGUGAUCCCAAACUUCAUCCAGUGCCAAACUUUCUUGGAAGGACUUCAAAAAGAACUUUUGGAUUUGGACUUCCAUGAAAAAUGUAAUGAUUUGUACAAAUUCAAACAGUCAGAUGAUCUGAAGAAUAGAGACGAACUUCACAUUUCAGCUUUAAGGAAAGUUCUGUUUGAAGAUUUCCGGGGAUGGCUUUCUGACAUUGCUAAGAUUGAUUUGGACUCAACCAUUGAUAUCUCCUGUGCUAAGUAUGAGUAUACAGAUAUCCUGCUAUGCCAUGAUGAUGAACUUGAAGGAAGAAGAAUUGCUUUCAUUCUUUAUCUCGUUCCUCCUUGGGACAAGAGCCUUGGUGGUACCUUGGACCUGUAUAAUACAGAUGAACAUUUCCAGCCGAAGCAGAUUGUCAAGUCUCUGAUCCCUUCUUGGAACACCUUGGUUUUCUUUGAAGUGUCUCCAGUAUCCUUCCACCAGGUGUCCGAAGUUCUAUCUGAAGGAAAAUGUCGACUGUCCAUAAGUGGUUGGUUUCAUGGCCCUCCUCAAACAAGACCCUCAAGUUAUUUUGAGCCCCUUUUGCCUCGAAGCCUUCACAUUCCACGAGAUAGUGAAAUUUUGUAUGAAUGGAUUAAUCCAGUCUACAUGGACAUUGAUUCCCAGGCUCAAAUACAAGAGGAAUUUGAGGAGCGAUCUGAAAUUCUACUGAAGAAAUUUUUCAAGUCUGAAAAAUAUGAAGCGAUAUGUGAAGCUUUGGAGAAAGAAGAUGUAGAAUGGCGCCAAAAAGGUCCCCCCAACAAAAGGUUUUAUGAAAAAGCUGAAGAAGAGAAGCUUCCAGAUGUCUUGAAGAACUGCAUGGAGUUAUUUCGAUCAGAGGCCUUCUUCUUGCUGUUGUCCAACUUCACAGGUCUGAAGCUUCAUUUCCUAGUCUUUUCAGAUGCAGAAGAUGAGGAGGACGAGGAAGAGGAGGAGGAGCACACAAAAGACAGUGAAGAAGAAAGCAAAGAGAUUAGCCAUGUUCCUUCCAAACCAGAGAGCUAUCAAGAGGCUAGUGGCCACACAAGCCAACAGAGCAAGACAGAAGCAUCCCUACAACCAGAAAAGAAAAAGGCAAAGAAUAAAUCAAGUGAUCCCACAUGCACUGGAGAGCUGAGGUAUUGGAAGAAUGGUCAUUAUACUCUAGUGCAUGACACCAAAAAUAGUGAAUUUGCCUUGGAUCUGCUUUUCUACUGUGGUUGUAAAGGAUGGAAAACAGAAUAUGGUGGCUUUACUUCCUAUAUUGCCAGUGGUGAAGAUGAAGAGCUCUUAACAGUGACUCCAGAAGAGAAUUCGUUGGCAUUGGUUUAUAGAGAUCGAGAAACUCUAAAAUUUGUCAAGUAUGUUAACCAUCAGAGCUUAGAGCAAAAGAAAACUGGCCAGAACAAAACAGGUUUCUGGGACUUUUCCUUUGUCUACUAUGAAUGACUGGACUGUUCCAAAGGUAAAUGAAAGAAGGAUUCUUUGUUGGACCAGAAAGGCUAAUGGGAAAAGAGCAUGGAUCAUAAUAUAUAUAACAUAGUCUCCUGUUAAUCAGGAUUUUUAGAGUUGUGUGCAGAAUAUUCUAUUAAUAGAGAAGUAUAUUAAAAAUCCAUCUUGAGUAACCUGAAUAUUCAACUUGGGAUUCUAGUCUUAAAGGACUUAUCUCUCGAUUUUUAAAUUUUAUUUAUUUAUUUAUUUUUUGCUCAGGCAAUUGAGGUUUGGUGACUUGCCCAGGGUCACACGUCUAGGCAUUGCUUCAUGUCUGAGGCCAGAUUUGAACUCAGAUCCUCUUGACUUCAGAUGUCUUGAUAUUCUUAAAAGGAGUAAUAGAGGGCUUUUUCAAUUUUCAUCAUCAGUACGUACUUUGGUGAUUCUUUGCCUCAGUAGAACUUAAUGAAAUUGGAUGAAACUGUUAUUAAAUUCUGUUGUCCUUUCCAAACUAAAUCAGUAUAUAUAUAUAUAUAUAUAUAUAUAUCACUCCAGAUUCUGAUAAUCCUGUUUUUGUUAUUAUCCUAUCAACAAGCACUGAGCAAACAUUUAUUUAAUUCCUAAUAUAUAUUGUACUGUACUAUACUAGGUUCAGAGAUUAGUUCCAGUCCUCAAGGAUUUCCUAUACAAGUGUAUAAAUAAAAGGAAUACAAAGGAACGGUGUGCUUUUCAGCUUUGAGUUGAGUUUCUGGCAUGAUUAAUAAAUCCAGUAGUUCUUCCUGCUGCA